AGAGCAGUUGUAGUGUUUAGCGUAGAGAGAGAGACCAGUUGCAGUGGUUUUCGCGGGGGAGAGAGAGAGAGGAGUUGUAGUGUUUUUUGGGGAAUAGAAUGGGAAUGGGAAUGGAACAAGAGAGAGAAAGUGGCGUUUGGGCUCUCCAUGGACCAUCCAUACACAUCCACUGAUUCUGCAUAUAUAUCUGUCUAUCUAUCAAUAGAAGCAGAAUCGAAUCAAAUCCCAUUUGGGAUAUUUAUAUCACCAGCCAUUAUGCGGAUUCCCAACGCUCCAUUAUCCCUCUGUUUCCGCCGCUCCGCCUUCUCCUCCUCUUCGUUCCUUCCCUUCUCCCCUUCCCCCAAACCCCAACGCUCUCCCUUUCUCACCUUCUUCUCACUCCAAGGUUCUUAUCAUUUUUGUACCAGUAAUAGAAUGGAAGGAGGACCUAGAAACUAUAAUAGCACAUCUCAGUUGCACCGGGAUAUUGGAAAUGUCAAUGGCGAGGAACCAUUCAUUUGGUCGUCUCUUCAACAGCGGCGUGAAAUUGCUAUGGAGAAACAGAUUUUCUGUAACAGAUCUCUAAAUAUGAGAAGUAUUGUUGCAGUGGGGUUUGACAUGGAUUACACUCUUGCACAGUACAAGCCUGAAACUUUUGAGACUUUAGCAUAUGAUGGCACUGUCAAAAAGCUGGUCUAUAAUUUGGGCUAUCCUCCAGAGUUGUUAAAGUGGUCAUUUGAUUGGAAGUACAUGGUCAGGGGCCUUGUUCUUGAUAAACGGAGGGGCAACAUCCUUAAGAUGGAUCGACACAAAUACGUGAAAGUGGCCUAUCACGGCUUUAAGGAGUUGUCCAAGGAAGAUAAAGUUGCUACAUACGGAAACACCAUGUUGCGGGAUUCAUUUGAUGAGCCUGAUUAUGCCCUCGUUGAUACUCUGUUUUCUCUUGCUGAAGCAUAUUUGUUUGCACAACUUGUUGAUUUCAAAGAUAGAUUUCCUGAAAAGUUUCCUGAUGGUGCCGACUAUUCCCACAUAUAUAAAGAUGUUCGAGCUGCUGUGGACUUGUGCCAUCGAGAUGGAACCUUGAAGCAAAUGGUUGCAGGUGAUCCUGUAAAGUAUAUUCAUGAAGAUCAUGCAAUAGUACCGAUGCUGAAAAUGCUCCGUGAUUCUGGGCGGAUGACUUUCUUAGUUACGAAUAGCCUUUGGGACUACACCAAUGUAGUGAUGAAUUUUCUUUGUGGGAAUGGAACAUCCAAAAAUGAUUCUUCUUGCAAUUUUAGCUGGCUGGAGAACUUUGACGUUGUCAUUACUGGCAGCUGCAAGCCAAGCUUUUUCCAAGAAGAGAAUCGGGCACAAUUAUUUGAAGUCGAAGCUGAGUCUGGGAUGCUUUAUAAUACAGAUAAUGGCAUUGUUCUUCCUCAGAUUGGAAGAACUGCACCAAGAGACCUACCUAAGGAGUUGAAAAAGAGAUGUAGGGUUUUCCAGGGAGGGAGUGUUGGUCACUUGCAUAAGUUACUUUCUAUUGAAGCAAGCUCACAGGUUCUAUAUGUUGGGGAUCAUAUCUAUGGUGAUAUUCUACGCAGCAAGAAAGUUCUUGGUUGGCGAACAAUGCUUGUUGUUCCUGAGCUUGAAAGAGAGCUGCAACUUCUUUUGGAGACCAGAGAAAUUCGCAAGGAGUUACGUUUGUUGAGAAAAGAUCGUGAUCUUGUUGAAGACAAAAUACAUCAUUUGGAUUGGUCUCUCAAGUUUGAGAGGCUUGAUAAUGAAGAUAAAUCAAAGUUAUUGUUCGAGCUCAAGGAAUUGCAGUCCGAAAGGGAAGAAGUUCGUCAACUUCAUCAACAGACUCAACGAGAAUGUCACAGAAAGUUUCACAGGACCUGGGGACAGCUUAUGAAGACAGGCUAUCAGAAUUCUCGGUUUGCUCAUCAGGUGGAGAGGUUUGCAUGUCUUUACACCAGUCAGGUGACAAACUUAAGCUUGUACUCUCCUGACAAGUACUACAGAACCAGCGAGGAUUUUAUGCCACAUGAAUUUGACAUCAUCGAGCUGUGAGCAUGCUGAUAAAAAUCCUUCAAAUGAUUGUAUUCUCUAAUCAGGUCUUGCAAUGGGGCAUACUGUCCAUAUAGCCAUGUAAAACAUCAGUUGGUAGUCAUGUGGAACAUUGUUGUGCUCUGCAAUUCUGAUUUAUAAUAGUUUUAGACUCGAGAGUUUUGCAUGAAUAGCCCUCCUGGAAAUGCAUGGUAUUGGGAAUUUGGUGUUAUCUAAUGGUUGUGGGCCUUGUUCUAUUAACUCCUUGAAAUGUUUGAAAACUUAAAUUUAGGUUCUGGAA